CCGAUUGCACCAAUAGAAUUGAGCCAGAGGCGGAAUCACGCAGCUGGCAGGUUCGACUGGAGGUUUUUCUUUGUGUGUUUAUUUCACAUAACUGCGGGAUCUCUCAAAGUGAGUGAAUGAAUGGAUAUUUCCAGGGGCUCUGAGAAAUGGAUAAAACCAGACAAGGAGAGACCUAUCUCUUCGUUAAUGAUGCUAUCCAGUAAGAAAUCAGACCCUGGCUCCUCAUCUUCAUCUGCCUCCUCUGUGCCAGGAGAUGGAGCCCAGGACCUGCAGCUCCAGUCCCAGCCUGGGGCCCUGAGUUCUGUCGCCGGCUCCUCUGAGAUUGGGGUGUCCGUGGACCGCACCCCCAGGAAGAAGGAGCGGGCCUCCCCGAGCGGGGACCCCGGUGGGCCUCCUAUGCCACACUCCGCCGCCGGGAGCAUGGAUGGGGGAGCCGCUGACACUGCAGAGGGGCGCAGGACCAGUCGUCGCAAGCGACCAAAACUUGCAGAAGUUCCAGGGAAUCUAAGGGGAGGUUCCAGGAGAACACAGAUAAAACGGACCUUGGUGGAGUAUAGAGAAAUGGACGAGAGCCUGGCUAACCUCUCUGAAGAUGAGUAUUAUUCAGAAGAAGAGAGGAAUGCCAAAGCUGAAAAAGAGAGAAAGCAGGUUCCGCCACCGCCCCCAGCUCCCCCUGUAGAGGAGGAGAACGACAGCGAACCAGAGGAGCCGUCUGGUGUAGAGGGGGCAGCUUUUCAGAGUCGGCUGCCUCAUGACCGCAUGACAUCUCAGGAAGCAGCCUGCUUCCCUGACAUCAUCAGCGGCCCUCAGCAGACACAGAAAGUGUUUUUAUACAUCAGAAACCGCACACUGCAGCUGUGGCUGGAUAACCCCAAAAUACAGCUAACCUUUGAAGCCACCGUCCAGCAGCUGGAAGCACCAUACAACAGUGAUGCAGUGCUUGUCCACAGGAUACAUAGCUACUUGGAGAGGCAUGGGUUAAUCAACUUUGGCAUUUACAAGCGAGUUAAACCCUUACCAACUAAGAAGACUGGAAAAGUGAUAAUAAUUGGCUCAGGAGUCUCUGGCCUGGCCGCUGCCCGUCAGCUGCAGAGCUUUGGGAUGGAUGCCACAGUGCUGGAGGCCAGGGAUCGUGUGGGAGGAAGAGUGGCCACUUUCCGCAAGGGGAACUACGUUGCUGAUUUGGGAGCCAUGGUAGUUACAGGGCUUGGUGGGAACCCUAUGGCUGUCAUCAGCAAGCAAGUGAACAUGGAGCUGGCUAAGAUCAAACAGAAGUGUCCCCUUUAUGAAGCCAAUGGACAAGCUGGCGAAAGAUGCACCAGUGUUCCGAAAGAAAAAGAUGAGAUGGUGGAGCAGGAGUUCAACCGCCUUCUGGAGGCCACGUCGUACCUCAGCCACCAGCUGGACUUCAACUUCCUGAACAGCAAGCCAGUGUCCCUGGGCCAGGCUCUUGAAGUCGUCAUCCAGUUGCAGGAGAAACAUGUGAAGGAUGAACAGAUUGAACACUGGAAAAAAAUUGUGAAAACACAAGAAGAGCUGAAAGAACUUCUAAACAAGAUGGUGGCGACGAAAGAGAAGGUGAAGGAGCUGCAUCAGCAGUACAAGGAAGCCUCGGAGGUGAAGCCCCCCAGAGAUAUCACUGCUGAAUUUCUUGUGAAGAGCAAACACAGGGAUCUCACAGCACUUUGCAAGGAGUAUGAUGAAUUGUCUGAGGCGCAGGUGAAGCUGGAAGAGAAACUACAGGAACUUGAAGCCAAUCCCCCCAGUAGUGAUGUGUACCUCUCAUCAAGGGACAGACAGAUCUUGGACUGGCAUUUUGCUAAUCUGGAAUUUGCCAAUGCCACGCCUCUUUCAACCCUUUCUUUAAAGCACUGGGACCAGGAUGACGACUUUGAGUUCACAGGCAGCCACUUGACAGUUCGGAACGGAUACUCGUGUGUUCCUGUUGCUCUGGCAGAGGGACUGGAUAUCAAACUGAACACAGCUGUGCGGCAAGUCCGCUACACGUCAUCAGGUUGUGAAGUAAUUGCUGUGAAUACCCGCUCCACCAGCCAGACCUUCAUUUAUAAAUGUGAUGCUGUGCUGUGCACCCUCCCCCUGGGUGUUAUGAAGCAGCAGCCUCCUGCCGUGCAGUUUGUACCCCCGCUUCCUGAGUGGAAAACCUCAGCCAUCCAGAGAAUGGGCUUCGGAAACCUCAACAAAGUGGUGCUGUGUUUUGACCGUGUCUUCUGGGACCCCAGUGUUAACCUGUUUGGUCAUGUGGGGAGCACCACAGCCAGUCGGGGGGAGCUCUUCCUAUUCUGGAACCUGUACAAAGCUCCAAUCCUACUGGCCCUGAUGGCUGGGGAGGCAGCUGGCAUUAUGGAGAACAUCAGUGAUGAUGUGAUUGUGGGGCGCUGCCUGGCAAUCCUCAAGGGAAUUUUCGGUGGCAGUGCCGUACCACAGCCUAAGGAGACGGUAGUGACGCGCUGGCGGGCUGAUCCAUGGGCCAGAGGCUCCUACUCCUACGUAGCUGCUGGGUCAUCUGGGAAUGACUAUGACUUGAUGGCACAACCGAUAACACCAGGACCUGCCGUUCCUGGAGCUUCGCAGCCGGUUCCCCGCCUGUUCUUUGCCGGUGAGCAUACGAUUCGUAACUACCCAGCCACUGUCCACGGAGCCCUGCUCAGCGGUCUCAGAGAGGCAGGGCGGAUUGCAGACCAGUUCCUGGGAGCCAUGUACACGCUGCCACGCCAGGCAACGCCCGGAGUCAACCCCCAACCCUCUCCCAGCAUGUAGACCACAGAGGGAGAGCAAUUUCAAUCUGCUCAAUACACAAGAACUGAGAGCUCGGCUGGAUUUCUGUCUGUCCUGUGCAUUUGUUGUGGUCUCCAUUUACACCUUGUUGUGGAACUGGUGCAAGAAACUGGAGAUGCACAGUCAUCUCAACAGAAAAAAGCUAAUGGGGAGCGUCUUGGAGAUCCACCGUAAUCUCAACAAAAAAGCCGAACAGGGAGCGUCUUGGUGCACAGCAGUCUGAACGCAUUCAAUCACGUUUUGUUUUUAUUAUUCAAACUUGGUCCUCGACCGAACCCAAAGUUGUUUUGGGGAGGGGGGUUACACAAAUUCUGAAGAUUACCGAGAUGGGUUAGGGUCCACUAUAACAUUUCACACUAAUGUACAAAGUAAUAGGGAUGUAUCAGUCCUCAGUAUCCAACCAGAUGAAUAUUACAUAAAGAUCCAUUUGUGGUAUAGUCCUAUUGCUUUGAUAACGCUGACAACUGAUUCACUGCAUUCCUUUGCUGUGGCUAGGUAUUUAUUAAACAAUCGUACUAAACACAAGAUCAUACUGUCUAUGAGAUUAGGAAACUUGACGAAGCCAGUAUUUGUCUGUCUGAAAACAGUAAUGAAGACAAGCUGAAAUGGUCACGUAGCCAUUUUAGCCUUUUUUUUUUUUUUUUUUUGUAUUUGGUGUACAACAUGAUUACAGUGCUUUGUAAGAUUUGAUUUGACAUUCAAUGUAGCAAUAUCAAACUCUGUUGAAAAUGGAUGUAUUGGCCUAUUUCUUUCCUUUGUUUCUCUUUGAAUGGAAGUCGAGUUUUGCUCAGUGUCUUAUCGAUUACGUUCCUAGGCUAGCCAGUGCCAUAUGCACUUGUAGCAUAAGUCACAAUUGACCAUUUUUCUUCGUAAUGGUGUGGGAGGUUUGGGGGCAAUUUAAAAAAAAAAAAAGAAAUAAAUAAAUAUUAAAUACAUUUCAUGGUUUAUUUUUGUAGGAUAUUUUUUUUUGUGGGAGGAUCUACUUUAGUUAGCACAUGAUUUUCAGUUGUGUUUUGUUUUUUGUUACUACAUUCUUUUUUAAUAUUUUGAUGAACGCUCUUGACUAUAAAACAAUAAACAAAAACAAACGGCAUCUUGUCUUAAUUGCGUAAUGGCAAGAUAGAAAA